AUGACAACUCCCCCCUGGACUGCCACCUUAACGUGGGGUUGGACGCUCCACUUUUCUGGAGUUUCCCGCGGGGAGAGGCGGCGAGCUGGGGUGGCCAUUCUCAUUGCCCCCCAUCUCAGCCGCCACGUGUUGGAGUUCUCCCCGGUGAAUGAGAGGGUCGCGUCCCUCCGCCUCCGGGUGGGGGACAAGUCUCUCAUUGUUGUGACGGCCUACGGGCCUAACAGCAGUGCAGAGUACCCGACCUUCUUGGAGUCCUUGGGAGGGGUACUGGACGGUGCACCGCCCGGGGACUCCGUUAUUCUCCUGGGGGACUUCAACGCCCAUGUGGUAAAUGCCAGUGACACUUGGAGAGGGGUGAUCGGGAAGAACGGCCCCCCUGAUCUGAACCCGAGCGGUGUUCAGUUGUUGGACUUCUGUGCCAGUCACAGUUUGUCCAUCACGAACACCAUGUUCGAGCACAAGGGUGUCCACCAGUGCACGUGGCACCAGGACCUGAGGCCGGAGGUCGAUGAUCGACUUUGUUGUCGUAUCAUCUGA